AUGUCAAAAUAUUCUGACAUAUUUGAAUACCUUACAUACCGUGAAAGCAAGCAUUCUGGAAUGCUUGCUUUCACGGUAUGUAAGGCGAUACUCAAGGCUCAAGAGAAGAAACAGAGCCAAGCUACCGAGAGUGUAUUCGUUAUUGCUGUGGCUGUGAUCUCAUAUGUACCCAUAUAUAAAGACGUGGAACCGCCAUUUGGUUCGUCUGGAUAUUAA